GACACAAUGCCCCACAUCAGUGAGGAAACAAUAGUAUGAUUACCAGGGUAUAGCGCUAACCCUAACCAGAAAUAUAACUCCAUAAUAAUAUAUAUACUCGGUAUUCACUUUGGAAUUUAGGUUUGUAAGGCAGGUAGAAGAAAACAGAUCCUAAUACUAAGUGUUACUUCAACCCAGUGUCAAACCUCACCAGUAUUUCUGGCUUUUGAUACCGCGACUUCUCCGGUCCCACGGAUAAUGGGCAAGGACUAUCACCUUACUCAGAUGUACAUGCCGUUCUAUGCGGCAUGUAUAGCAACCGUGAUUGGCUUUUUAUUUUUCUUCCUUUCUUUCUCCAGUCCCUACUGGCUCCAAUCCUACGAUAGGGUCCACAGUAACUUUCUUCAUAUGGGUAUUUGGUCUGUAUGUUUCGACCGAUUUGUACAUCCACUGGACUAUCAUGCAAACGUGCUAACAGGCUGUUAUUGGAUAUUCGACGGAUUCUUUUUCACAAUUGGUAUAUGGCAAUGGCUUGACCCAUAUUGGCUGAUUGCCGUCCAAGUACUAAUCACAGUAGCAUUUAUAACACAGUGCUGUGUAAUACUUAUCAUUAUUUUGUAUCACCUAUUGUUUGGACAUCCGGCAGCGGAAUCAACCAUGGCGAUGUUCGGGCAGCUUUUCAUAGCGGUGCUUCUCUCCGUCAGUGCAAUCACCUUUGGGAUAAAGUCUCAAGAUCGAUCCUGGAUGCCAAGACCUGAUCAAAACUUUCUCUCUUGGUCGUUUGGAUUUGCAAUUUUGGCAGCCAUCUCAUCCUACAUAUCCGCUGGAUUUUUGUACUGUGUCAGCUACACAGACAGAGCAGCACAAGAAGAGGUUGAAAGAUUCGAAGCCGCUGAAAAAUGUUACGGGCUGCAAAGCACGCUUUCCGGGAGAGGAGCAAGUGCAAGCGCCUAUGGUCGGAGUAUCUAUGGAGGGUCGCAAAGCGUUGGUGGCGUGGUGGUCAAGGUCCCCUCGACUGGAACUCGCCCUGAGCAGGUUCUCACACUGGACUCAGAUCUGCGUCGUACGGAUGGCGGUGAUGGCAGUGCUAGUCUUUUCACAUCAAGUCUCGUGCAGCAAUCAAUAAGUCAGCAGCAGCCACCGGGACGCAGUGGAGUUGGGGUAUAUCUCAGUUCGGUACCUGAAGAUGAUGACCACCAUCCUCUGGUAGCAUCCCCAGACGAAUCACAAACCAUAGAGAGCUACAGAAGUGAAGGGAGCGAAAGGCGGAUCUAUGCAAAUGUGCCUUACAAUUCUCAUCUAAACGAGACACGUUCAAGACGACCGCCACCAGGCACAUCACACUGGUCUGAUGAAAGAGACUCAUAUUCUCCUAUAGAAGAAACGGAGGUAUCGGAUCAAGAAAACUCUGACAUCCAAUAUUCGCGAUAUGGAAGCGAGAGAUCGCAGACGUCGUACCCCAGAACCGCUUCACAUCAAGGUAAUUAUGGCCCACGAACAACAAACAGGCCGAGGUAUUAGUUGGAAAUGUUAAUUACAAUUGCUGUUCUAUAACACUUCGGUACACUUCAUCUGAUGCACCACCCGAAAUACAUGAAGAUGCCACAAACACACACGAUUUGAGUGUAAUCGUAAGGCCACGUUUUGACGAGACAGCGCUUUCGGCCUCAAUAGCCGAUGCAGUAAGCCAAAGAAAGAUGGGUUGUAAAGCAUAAACACUGCCGUAUAAUGAAACUUUAAAAAAAUGAAGUAACGUCAGACUACCGAUAG